AUGAGAACUCGAUUGGAAAUACGACGCUUGACCAAGGCUGUGAUGAUCGAGGCACCCACAGGCAUGAUUGCUCUCAAGCUCCUUGAGAUCUCUCUAAUGAGCAACAUAGGCAGCACUGGCUGGCAUCUCGAGAACAUGGAGACACUCAAGGAAGCAAGCAAGGCCCUGAACCACAUUCACUCGGUACCUAGGUCUGCUAUAUUAGCAGAUGCUGGAUAG